GGCUCCUACCAAGAAGGCCGCAACGUGAUCAGCCAGAUGGGAGAAACACAAGAAGCAGCAGCAAGUUAUAGCCAUUACUCCCUCUGGAAGAAGGUCCUGACUUAUACGCUGUGUCCUCUGCUCACAUUGCCUCUGAUUUACAUCCUCCUCUACUCCGCUCCAUCUUUCAUCUCAUAUACGAAUCUCUUGGCUACAUUUCAAGCACAUGGUACAAGCACGCCGCCUCCUCUUCAACCUCCUCAAGGUAAAAUCUUGGCUACAUUUCAAGCACAUGGUACAGGCUUCAUUGGAUUCUAAGCCGAUCUCCAUUUCUUGCUCAACCGGGGCGGCCAGUUUGGGUGCAAUGCGACUACGGCGACGGGAAGUGGGUGUGGGAUGCCAGCGUUGCUGGCCCGCGGUAUGACAGCGAGAAGUGCGAGAUGAAGAGCACGGAGAAGUGCGUCACCAACGGCAAGCCGGACAACGGUUACCUGCACUGGAGGUGGCAGCCGGCGGGCUGCAACCUCUCGGCGCUGGACCCGGCGGAGUUCCUCCGGGCGCUCCGUGGCAAGCACCUGGCAUUCGUCGGCGACUCCACGGCGCGCAACCAGGCCGAGGCCCUCGUCUGCUUCCUCUCCACAGUGUCGCGGCCCGAGACGGCGCACCGGUACGAGGAGCGGCUCGGGCGCAAGUUCUGGCGGUGGGUCUUCCCGGCGCCGCACAACGUCAACAUCUCCACGUACUGGUCGCCGUUCCUGGUGCGCGCGGAGGGCAAGUCGGAGGACUACGGCAUGACGCAGGACACGGUGUUUCUUGACGCGCUCACCGAGCCGUGGACGGCGGACGUGGACAAAAUGGACGUCAUGGUGAUCUCCGCGGGGCACUGGUUCCCACACCCGGCCGUCUACUACGACGACGGCGUGAUCGCCGGCGUGUUCUCCCGUCCGGAAGUGAACGAGACCGACAUCGGCGGCGGCUUCCUCGGCGUGUACCGCGAGGUGAUGCGGAGGACGCUGGGGUUCGUCAAUGCCAAGUCGAGCGGCGGUGACAAGCUCGUCGUGGUGGCCACAAUCGCGCCGUCCCACUUCGACCCCAGGUACGCGUGGAACCACCGCGACGCGUGCUCGCGGGCGAAGCCGUUCGAGGAGGGGGAGGCGGAGGUGGCGAGCACUGAGGCCGAGCUGAGGAAGGUCGUCGUAGAGGAGGCGGCAGCGGUGGCGGUGCAGAGCCGGCGACGGGGCCUACGGUUGGAGGUGCUAGACGUGACGAGGAUGGCGUCCAUGCGGCCCGACGGGCACCCGGGCGCCUACAUCACCAAGGAGGCGUUCGCCGGACGCCCCGUGCCGGAGACGGUGAUGAACGACUGCCUGCACUGGUGCGCGCCAGGACCGGUCGACUCGUUCAACGACAUACUGAUGCAGAUGGUACGUGCGAGCGGCUGACUCAAUUGUGCCGGGUGCUCGGCACGACGUGGUACGUGUGCCGUGAUCAAGUGGUGGCCGGCAUGAUGCCUGGCGCAGCCAUUACGAGCCAAAAUACGGCUACAUUUUGUAGGUGUGACUAUUUUUCAUUUACUCCGUAUUUUUUAAUUAUGUUUUAAGAUCUCAGUUAUAAUUUAUGUUGCAAC